AUGAGAGUGGCAAACACACUGUCCCUCACCGUGCUCCUCUGUUUUCUCUGUGAUUUCGUUCACGGCCUGUACCUUUCGUCUAAUGAUAGAAGAUAUGCGUUGUAUCUCAUUAAGUUUGGAUAUUUGAGACGGUCCAGCCUCCGGUCUUCCAAUGGGAACUCAUACGUGAAUGACGAUACAUUCAGAAAUGCUUUAAUAAAUUUCCAAAACUACGUUCGAAUUGGUGCUUCAGGUAUGCUAGACGAUACCACUAAGAACAUGAUGGAGAAGGACAGAUGCCAAACAAAAGACACAGCUAUGGGCCGGCGCCGGCGGCGAUACGUUGUAAAUGGUAACUGGUCCAAAAAACAUCUGACAUACAAAAUCGUGAAGUACUCGUCCUCGGUAAGUCAGUCAGAAGUGGACUCCAUCAUAUUCUUGGCUUUUUCGGUUUGGUCUGACUCCGCCGGAGUGACGUUCACGAAGAAGGACAAAGGGCGAACGGAUAUCGAGAUAAGAUUUGAUGAGAUAGCGCCCAGACUGGACUCACAUAUAUUUGGAAAUACAUUGAACGCCAAAACUACAAUUAUAACCUUAAACGACGCCAUACCGUGGUCGCAAGACUUUACGUCAGGAGUGCCAAACCUUUUCCAAACAGCAGCUCACGAAAUCGGACACGUUUUGGGGUUAGGCCACACUGACGUAGUUGGGGCUAUGAUGUUUCCGGUCUACGACUUAUCUGUGAAGAUAUUCAGCCUUCACGAGGAUGAUAUGCGUGGUGUUCAGGAUAUUUACAGUAAAGUGGACACAGUGUCAUACCCAGGACGAUACAUAUACAAAAAGAAUACGAACAAGUUAAAUAACAAUUUUGACAAUUUCAAAACCCAAAUCACCAAUUCCUUUGGUAAUAUUCCGGAUUUUGGAAACUUAGAUAUACCGAAAGAUUUCUUUGAGAACGGCUUCUGA